AUGGGUAAAACAGUCGGCUGGCUCGAUGACAAUACUUCUCUAGUCCUAGUUAAUACAUAUUCUCUCAGUUACGUUUGGUCAGCAUCACAAAUUUUUACCUAUAACAUGAACGCCAAUCAUAGUUUCACCGUUGUGUCUAUUAUACCGAACACUCAGCAAACAUUGGUGCCUGGAAUCGGUCCUAUUUUAAUCUCACUUGUGGGUACUCAAAGUGGUGUGAUAAUACUGUUAGAUUCACAAGGCAAUUAUUACAUCAUUCUCCCAUCACCUCUUGGUGACACUUCAGACACUAGCACUAACUUAGUUUCAUCAAAUUUACCAUGCAUGCCUGGUACUUUCAGCUUCGCUCCUAAUAUCCAACCGUGCUCGCUUUGCCCUGAGAAUUACAGUACAUUUGGCUUAACUGGUCGAGUAUCCUGUGAACUAUGUCCUAGUGAUGCUUUUUGUCCGCUGGGAGCAGCCUUCGGAAAUAUCAGCGCGUCUUCUUUACUUCUUACAAGUACCAAUCAAGCACCAGCCUAUCCUUUGUCACCCCAGUCGGUUCAAUUCGAGAAUAUUCUAAUGGAAAAUAUGUUUACUAUUAGUUUCUCUUCAUCCAAUCAUUGUCUACUCGUAUCACCCUUAUUUUGGGUACUGAUCAUUAUGUUAUUAGGUAUACUCAUCGUACUUGUUAUGACCAUUCUCAAAUACUGCGCCAUUCAUCCUCUAGGAAAGAAAACACGAAAGGGACUCAAAGAAUUUUUCAAGCACUUCGAUCUUAUUGGUGAAGGUGAUUUGUGGAUAGGUGGUAUAAUUAGUUAG